ACUUCCCUCAGCCUCCAUCAUCUGCAGGGAGGGAAAAAAGACAUUCACACACACAUUGCCUCCAACGUACACACACACACACUGUGCCGAGCGCUAGCAAGACACUUCACACACAGCUUCCCACGAAAUCCAGACAAAGGGACUGUAACCUGCAACGAUGGAGGAAAACAUGGAUGAAUCCCAGAGCCAGAAAGGCUGUAAGGAGUGCUGUGAGCGAUGUGUUGGCAGCCUGCCCUGGGCGUCGCUCAUCGCCACCAUCCUCCUUUACAUGGGUGUGGCCUUGUUCUGUGGGUGUGGCCACGAGGCUCUGAGCGGCACCGUCACAAUCCUCCAGAACUACUUUGAGGUCAUCCGAGCUCCAGGAGACGUCCUGGACGUAUUUACCAUCAUCGACAUCCUGAAGUACAUCAUUUAUGGCCUGGCAGCUGGUUUCUUUGUGUUCGGAGUGCUGCUCCUGGUGGAGGGCUUUUUCACCACCGGAGCCAUCAGGGAUCUCUACGGCGAGUUCAAGAUCACCGCCUGCGGACGCUGCCUGACUGCUUUUCUGAUGGUUCUGGCCUACCUCUUCUUCCUGGUGUGGCUCGGAGUGACGGCGUUCACCAGCCUCCCGGUCUUCAUGUACUACAACAUUUGGUCCAUGUGUCAGAACGCAAGCUCUGUGGAGGGAGCCAACCUCUGCUUGGACCUGCGUCAGUUUGGAGCAGUGACCAUCUUGGAGGACAGGAAGGUGUGCACAGGGUCAGAGAAGUUCUUCAAGAUGUGUGAAUCCAACGAGCUGGACUUGACCUUCCAUCUGUUUGUGUGCGCACUGGCGGGAGCAGGAGCUGCUGUCAUCGCCAUGGUCCACUUCCUGAUGGCCCUGGCUGCUAACUGGGGCUACCUGAAAGACGCCAGCCGGAUGCAGAAGUACGAAGACAUAAAGUCGAAGGAGGAGCAGGAGCUGCAUGACAUCCACUCCACGCGCUCCAAAGAACGCCUCAAUGCCUACACAUAAACCCAGAGCUGCCGAAAACAACACACACUUACCUGUCAGACACACACACGCACACACACACACACAGUGGCUGAUACAAGCCUGAGGACAGCAUAAAUCCAUCACAGGAGAAAAACAACACACGAAUACAGACACGAGUAGGCAGAAAUAAGAUGACAAAGAUAAGAUGAAAACUCAGACACCAUCAUCAUCCUCGUGACUGCAGCAGAUCAUUGGCUCUGGUGCUUUUGUUUGUCUUGAGGGAAACUUUUAACUUGACUGAAACUUUAAAAAAUUAGCUGUGGUUCUUAAGAACUUACUCAUGAUAUUUCUUAAUCCAAAGGUCCAACGCUAAGAGUGAAAAAUACCCUGAUCUGAAUGACAAGCAGGAGUUACAAAGAAAACAUUCUUACAGCAAAAGAUUUACAGAAACCAGCAUAACGAACAGAGACCAAAAACAGCGAUCCAGAAAAACCCAAAGAAAAUUGCAGCAGUGUUGAAUUUGGGCCCCGUGGUGAAAGCUUGUGGAUCUCUGCUGAAGCCAACAGUCCCAGCAGACACGGGAAUGAGAUUGGUGUCUAUGAGCUCAUCAGUAAAUAAGCGCCCCCUUCAUUUAACCUGCAGCACCCACACACACCUUCUCACCCCAACCCCCACCCCACACACAUUGAGACGUAGAUGUGACUGAAUGGUCGGUGUUGUGCAGGCAGUCUUGUUCGGUGGUGUCAUGCUGUGUCGUGUCUUUUCACCACACUAUGAUGGCCAGUGUUGCAGAGAAAUAAGGUCCCCUGAGGAAAUUUGUGCCUCCUGGGUGCAAAUGGGUAGCUUUGCCAACUUUUCCUCCCCUCCUCUUCUCCCAAACCAGUUUCCGCCAGCUUCUGGUUCCCUGAAGUCCUGUUUCAUUGCUUGCUCUUUAAAUUAUUGUACUUUCUAAACUAAAACCAGCAAAUUAUGACAUGGAUAGAAGUCUAGAAUCUAGUGUUGCUUCAUUUCUGCCAUGUGAAACGAUCGAGCAAACAGCAGUUAAAAUGAUUUUAAAACAUCUGCUGGAACCGGUUCCCCUCCCACUCCUGCCCUGUUUGUUCCUGGAUUGUAUAAACUUGUCAUUUGUCCUCAGAGACAGCACAUCUUAGCAGCACAAAGUCUUUUUGUCCUGUUCUCAUUCGUCUGUUUUUAUCAUGAUUUUUCUCACUUUUGGGGGGAUUUUUGAUUAUUUAUGUGUAAUUUUAGCAGUGAGGGUAUUUAAGUGGGAGGUCAGGGGUCAGCUGAGAAUUGGGUCUAUGUCACAUGUUCAUGUAAUGAGUCUGUAUUUCAGUGGUUCUGCACAAACACUUACACACACACACACACAGACGCGGCUUCCUUCUGUUAUCACGAUUUCUUCUGUUCUCAACCAGCCUGAAUGUGACCAAAUGUUCUCUGUAAGUUAGAAAACCACCGAUACGAACAGUAAACAUGUCAGCUGGAGACGACCAGACUCAGACCUUUGGGUUUUACUGCAGGAUUUCUGUCCCAGAAUAUCCUGAAGGUGCUGCUUGGAAUAUUGUGAUAGUUUUAGAGAAGAAGGUGAUGAAACCAAGUCAGAGACAUUGUCCAGCAAAUAAGCUACAUGUUCAGGAAUGAUUUGUUUUACUGGAGGGUUUUUGUGGUUUUACAACUUAUUUGGUGUCUUACAUUACAAUCUCCUCAGGUGCUUCAGAGCUGGAAGCUGUAAUCUGGAUGAGUUGGGAUCAGCCAGCUGCUUCACAAAGCUCCAGAUAGAAUCAGAUGAUUUUUAAAUCAACUUCUCACUUUAAAUGUGGCCAGAUUUGACCAGGGAGCAGCUCAGUCUCUGUGAGAUGCAGCGUUUUCAGCUUUUCAGACUAAAAAGAAGAAUUUAAUUUCUUGUUUUCGAGGCUGUUUUUGGUUUCUUCCCAUCAGGACGGUGAAGAGUCUCUAUCUGCCAGUAGAGAUGAGCCAGAGGGGUUUCUGUCUGUCUUCUGAAAGAGCUCGGUGAAAAGGUGACGAUGUCAGUUUGAUUUGAUGAGACACACACACACACACACACACACACACACACACACACCACCAUCACUCUGAGCCAUAAUUCUCUUUUACUUUUCACUGAUGACAUCUCACUAUUUUAUGAUCAACUUUGAAACUUUUUAAAUGUGAAACAAUUUAAUUAGAAAAACAAUGUGUUCUUUUUCUUUUUGUUUCUGUGUGGGCAGUAAUAAGCACUGCACCUGCAUUAACUCUGUAUAAAGAUAUACAUAUAUGUGAGACAGUGGAGGCGAGCAGCCGGGAGGACCACUUCCUGUCAGUUCCAGAGUCUGAAGGAGGCGGCUCAGUCCCAAUGUCCUGAGCCUUCGCUCCCUGCAGGAAGCUGCAUUCACACACACACAGGAGCUGGUGUUUCAUGGAGCGAUUAGAAUAAAACGAUCUCAGGAUCUUUUAAAAUGUUUGUGUUUCCACAGCACAGUCCAAAAAGAAAGAAAAAGCUUUGAGAACAAAGUCCAUCAGUUUGAUCUUGAGAUUAUUACUGACCAAGCUGGGCUCCAUGCCGACACUGACCGUUUGGGUUUGAACCCGGUUCGUGCUGUAAUUGCAGCUGAAUGUGACAGAAGAGGAAACAAUCGGGCGAUGCAGAAUGAGGGAGACUCCUGCAGACUCGUGUUCUGUUCAGGUGAAUCUCGGCUGCGAGCAGUCAGUAUUUUCAAGGGUCUAGUUUUACAGUAACAGUAUUCUAUCAUUUCAUUGCCUGACAAUGGAUGUCUUGUCAGUGUUUUUAACCUCAGAUAAAAGAAAAAAUAGUUUUUUGUGCACUUAUUGACCAUUGUGAGCUCUCUCUCUCUCUUAUUCUUGAUGUGUAAGUGCAUUGAGCUCCCUGCGCCGGGGCCUGUGUAUAGUCUUGCAGCAUUGGUUAUAACCUGAAGAAUAAUGAUGAAACGAAUGAAUUCAUAACAAAGAAGAUAAUCUUAUUCUACAUAAAAAAGACAGUGAAUCUAGUUGUUGUUUGUGGCAUGGUUAUGCAUUCAAUGGUCAUCAUUUUAAGAUUAAAAUGAAAAAAAAACUUUUUUCCACUGGCGCUGUUCUGCUGUUUCUUGUUUUAUUUCCACUCUCAGUGUGCAGUAUUGCAGUUCCUGUUGCUUAUGGUGUUGCUAAGCUCGCUUGCUUGCUCAGUUGUUUACCACCAGAGCAAUAUAUGGUAGCAGUUUGACUAAAUCGAGACGUGAACAAGAAAUGCUGCCCCGUAAAUUUCCAACAUCCAAGUGCAUGAAUCUUUGAUUGCAAGUCUUAAGUGAUAUGAUUAUGGUGUUCUGUAUUGUUUCUCCUAAUAAAGCGGAUUUGCAGAUGUGGUGUAAUGUAUUGCUCUGGUCAUCCGUCAUCAUGUUUCCACCCCUGCUCACAUCCUCCUCCUCGGCUUUCAGGCUGCAGUUACACCCCAGCUGAGACCCACCUCAGAUUAGCUCAGUCUGAAUGUGGUUCCUGUUUGAUUUGCAACGUUUAUUUGCUUCAGAUGAAACAGCUCAAGGUAUCCAUCACGGGUGCAGCCCCAUAUAGCUUAGCAACAAGCAGUGCACAGCUCAGACGGCCAUCUGCACCAGCAGAUCUGUAACUCCUGAGGCCUACAAUCAAUCAAAUGCCCUUCACACUUUGGAUCAGUGGUUUCAGACCAAACAUCGCCUACUUCCCUCCUUCACCCAAUCCGUCUGCUGGUGUUUUCAGGGUGAGGCUGUGAGCAGUUUGUCCUCCAUCACUUUCAGUCUCCUCAUUCAUUUUCAGUCUCCAUUUAAAGAUCAGCUCUGAUCCUGGAUCCUCUACCUACUGACUGCAGCUGAACAUGGACCCGUCAUUCCAGGACCCUGAUCUCAGGAUUCACACACUCACCAUGUCAGCAGAAAAUGCAUUAAUUACAACAAAUUCUGAUUUCCAGUCCUCUGUGAGAAAGAUCUGAUCUGAUUCUCACAGGGUAGAUGAUCAACUGAGCAGAUCUGAAGCUCUGAGAUCUUCAGCUGAUCUUCAGCUUUAUGCAUCAUGUCAGGUUGGACAUUCUGGAUGUCAGAAAUCUUUUUUUUCCUGUUCUUCAUCACAUUACCGUCUUUUUUACAUCACUCUGGUUGCUUAGUAGCAAGCUUCCUGUGGUUCAGUCCAUUCCUGUACAUAUCUGUGCCAACAGCUCAGGCAGACAGUGGCUUUUUUAUUUGUAAAGACAUAACCUUGCUUGCAUAUAUAAAUAAAUUGAACUCAGACACUUGUGUACUUGUUAAAAAGGGAA